AUGAAGAUUCUGGUAUUUGAGGUGACCAAUGACUCUAUGAUAGAAAUCAAUUAUACUGGUACAUCGAUUCUUUACAAACCUGGGAGGCUAUCACCACAGAUCGCAUUGAUAUCUAGUCAAGUCGAUUUGGUAUUGGACAACAAUAUUCAACUCAAGAUCUCCAGGAUUUGCUUUAUCAUUGGUUCCAUCAAGGAAGUAGAAGAAAAGCUAGCUGUCCGUUUGUAUGAAACACAAAUCACAAGAGCAGUGAUAUACAGCGAAAAGGGAACACAUGUGGUGAUCAAGCAUCACCAACAACAAGUGGGCCGUGGCAAAAGCUCACGUAUUGGUGGAUUCUUACGAAGUGGAUUUAUUACAACAUUUCUUCUAUCUUCCAUAUUGAUGAAUUUACAAAACUCUACUGCCGUUGUCAUUAUAUCAUCCAAAGAUGGAAAAUUUGAAUUUGAGAACUGUUAUCUGUCAAAACCCCGAUUGCAAAGGGCGUCAAGCUGGCUGGAUCACGAGAUACGAAUGCAAUGGUCAACUUCAUCAACAGACAACAACAAUAUCGAUAAAGUAUUCCAAACCUUGAUCUCUUCUCAUCCUGGACUGGUUGAAGAUGGAUAUAUCAUACCUCUGACCUGA